AUGGAGGUACUCCAGCGCGAGUGCUGGUUUCACAGAGAGCAGGCGACUCCUCAUUCCACGAAGGUUGACACUGCAGUUCUUGAGGGGUACGUUGCGCGCGGUCGAGCUACGCUCGCGGCCGUGACGCUGUCGGACGGACGUGAUGUUUUCUCCGUAGCCGUCAAGGAGGCUUCUCAGGGGGAUGUCAAGGGACUGCCAUGCGGCGCACGGUCACUGCUGAUCGACCGCACUGAUGACAGCAUUGUGUGUCGCGGCGUCAACAAGUUCUUCGACCUAAAUGAGGUGGGUGACAGCUGGCUGAGUGAUUCCUCCCUGUGGACGGGCGUGUACCGUAUGUGGGCUGUGCGCAAAAUGGCUGGGUUUAUCGUCACGAUAUUCUCGCUCGACGGCAUGCGGCUGGAGAUGAUGAGCAAGCACGUUCUCGAUGGCCCUCACGUCGACGCAGCGCGCGAGCUACUGGAGAAGGUGAGUGAGGCCCAACGAGCCCGAUUGGCGGCAGAUCUAUUCGAAUGGGGAGCGUGCGCGUGCUGCGAGUGCAUUCGACGCACGCAGGAUUACCGUCACCCGGUGCUGGAGGCGCAACAGUUUGACCAGCAAAUUGUCCUGAUUGCGGUGCAGAGGCGCACACAGCUGCGGGAGGAAAGCUUGUGCUUCUCGGAGUUGGCGACCUUGGCUGAGCGAUGGGGUCUUGGCUGCGCUCCAGGUGUGGCUGUGCCGAACAGUGCGGCCCUGCGCUGUGUGUUCGCUGCCACGACGUCGUGGAAUGCGACGUACACCCCCUUUGACACGUGCCCGCAGCUUGCGGAAGGGUUUGUGCUGCUAAUCGAGAUGGCAGGGCCGACGACGACCCCCGUGCACCGAUGGUGCCUCCCAUUGCGACUCAAGCUAAAGACACCCAAGUACGUUGUGCUGCGAGCCUUCCGCUCUCUCGUGUGCGGCGACUCACGCCCACAGAGCUAUGUCUAUCAUCAGGCGCUGCUGGGCUGGCUUCAGCUCCGAAGCGCUGCGGAGGUUCGACGUCGUGUGGAGGAGGUAGGGGUGCAUGCCCUGAACAACGAUUUCGAGUCGGGCUUACUGGCGCAGCAGCGGGUGCGACACCGAGACUCCCAAGAGACGGUCGGCGACGCGCUUGCUCGCCUCCAGCGCACGACGGCGCUCAUAGCCUGCCCGCGCGGUCGGUGCCCUCUCACGGUGGUGGUGCUCUGCGGCUUACCGGGGGCCGGUAAGUCGACGCUGGCGAUGGCGCUCUCGCGCCUGCUUGCCUCACAGGAGGGGGUGUCUCCGUUCAGCUUUGUCGUGCAUCUGAGUCGCGACGCAGUGUCCUGCGCCGUGGCGGCUGACCACGGGAUCACGGACGCAAGCAGCAAGCAUAAACAGCGACGGCUGGGCGCGCUGGUUCACCAGACCCUGUGCGAUCAGAUGCGGGAGGUGGCGUGCUUCUCCGCUGAGACGGAGCAGAGCGGCCUUCUUCUUUUCGAUGCGUGCAACGCGACGCAGAAAAGUCGACACAUAUGGCGGCAGUGCUUCCCGACAACGCUGCACAAGUACGAGGUAGCUUACGUGGAAUGCUCGGACGCCACUGCGAUGGCGCAGCGUGCUGCCAGGCGUGACGGCCACGAGGUGCUGCUCAGCGCUGCCGAGGCGCAGCAGGCGCUCUAUGCAGUGCGCAAAAAGUUUCAGCCUCCUUCUCUGGAGGAGGCUGCGUGGCGCGUGGACACGAAGGGGCGCUGCGUAGAAGAAGCGGCAGCUAGCUUGCGCACUCAUCUUGCGCAAAGAGCGCCGCCAUCGAGCUGCGCCGACUGCUGUCGAAUUCUGACAAUCUCAGCGCUACGGGAUGAGAGGGGUGAGAGUCAUGCAACUCUGCUGCACAAUCUGCUCGGCGUAUCGGAGGCUACCACCGAGACACUUGCCAGCAUGCUGUUGUCCGUGAACUCGGCCCCAAAGGUGGCGAGGGCAACUUCUCUACAGCUGCGACUCGACUGCUCAACGGAGGCGCUUCGCUGCGCUGCCGCGCAGCUGAUUUCUUCCUCGCUCGACGAGCCGCACGAGCCAGCCGUGUUUUUUGCCUCUGUCGGCCGUCUUCUCUUCCGGGGAGUCUCGGCAGCACUUCGAGGUUUUUCAUGGGCACCCUCCUCCCCUGUUACUGGGCAUGUAGCCAGGGGGCAUUUAAAGUGGUUGCGUGGCUGGCUGCUGCGCGGGGGCGAUCCAAGUGGGCCUGCGGAGUUGGGGAAGGCGCUACGGGAGCGGUUCGCGGUGGAGCCGGCGAGGCCGCACGUGACGCUACUCUACAUCAACUCUGCAGCGGGGGCAACAAGUGCCAAUCAGGCCAUGUCCGAGUAUCUCUCCCAGACUGGCAUGCACCUCGGCCAGGAGGUGACGGUGAAGGUUACAUCUCUUCUUUUGGACCGCCAUGCCUUGAGCUUUGGCGUUACAUUGACAGGUGGGCAGCAGGUGCAAGGGCAGAGUAUGCAUGUCACCAGAGGCACUGUCACCCGCCUGCACAUCACAGUGGGCACCGCACCCGGUGUCGCUGCCUCCUAUGCCGGGAGCAUGUUCGCCAUAUUCGAUGUCCUGCAGGCCGAGAAUGAGUCACUAGAGACGGAGCGGCGGGAGUCGUUUCGAGCAGUAAACCGAAGCCAACGAAAGUACCAUAACUUUGUUGAGUACCAGCUUAACACUGCGCUUCAAGUGCGUGGCGUCGUGGAGGUGUGCUGCUCAUGA